AAGUUACAAAAGACUUGGUGGUGAUCGCUAUUGCUUAUAUUAGAAUUAAUUUUUAAUUUACCAUUGCGAGCUUCAUAAAUUCAAACAGUUAUUAAAUUUUAUAAUAUUUAGUGGUUCUAUCAGACUAUUCUAUCGACGUAACAGGCACAACCUGCAUAGGAAUAGACGGAAUUUAUCAAAAUAGUUGUACACCCUAUGCGCAUUACAUGUUACUUUAUCAGAAUUAAGCCAAAAUUUAAAAUAUUAGGACUAAUCUUACAAAAUGCAAAGCAGUAACGACUCUUUAUCUGUGUUAGGCCCUACAAUGAGUGGGUCCCCUGCAGUUUUAUUAACACCUGGAAGGACGAGAAACAUCGCUCAAGACAUGGAAGCACUCAGGUUAUCGCGUCAAGACAAUCCUUAUUUACAGCAGGUAAUGGCGAGUAGGGAGAGUUUAAUUGAAAGCCACCGGGAAGAAUGUGAGUCAGAUGAUACUAUUCUAAUGUCACAGGAAUUUGGUAGUGCAGCCCUAGAUUUUGUUGAAGAUGAUCCAUUAACCUUAAAAGAGGUCCACGAGCAUAUGAUACGGUCACCACCACCCACUAGCUGUUGGCCUCAAGAUUCGCUAUCUUACCGCGCGUCCAGCGCGUUCGACUUUGGACCGGAGAGCCCCGUCUCAUAUAGCGCUUAUUCCGUCAACUCACAGGAGAAGGAGCUAUUAGGUAGUAGGUCGCCGCGGCGCGGCACACGCUGCGACGACACUCGGCCACAGAGCGGCAACAGUCGCGCGAGGUCCUCGCGCUCGGUGUCGCCGAGGGCGCACGACCUCGCGUUGUGCGGCCGACCGCUUUCUUUACCCGGUGAGAGCCACCUCCGCGCGGCGUUAAAUAAAAAGCAAAACAACCAACAGUCUGACAAAUUCUCCAUACUUCAACAUCCCAGGCCGUUACGAAGACCGCACGCGAGCCGGCGCGGCGAAGAUAGUGUACAACUAGUUCUGGAUUGCGAUAAGUAAGGCGGAUAAAAAAAAAUUGAAAUUUCAAAAGUUUGGAUAUCGUUAAAAGUCGUGUGGUGUGUACGCGGCAUUGUAUAAAAUUCGGAAAUGUCGAUGAAUGUCAAAUAUGUACUGACAGAUGCAAAAAGAAUUCAUUUUGAAUUAUUUGCACGGGGACAAUGGCGGUUGUUUAGGAAAAGUUAUUUACAAAUAUUCCCGGUAAGAAUGCGAGGUUUUUGUGAAAUGGUAACAUUUUUUGCGAACGAAUGCUAUUAAUUAAUUAUAAAAUAAUUAACUUUUCAUUGCACUUGCAUAUUUUCAUUGCUUUAUGUACCUAGCAAAAUAAAACGUGAUUAAAUUGGGAAGAUUUGUUAGGCUAUAAGACGCGUAAUUAUUUUAAAGAAUUGUUUUUUAUAAGUUCCUCUUUUUUCUUAUUAUAACGAUAGCUGUUUUAGGCUUAUUCUUGCUGGACAAGAAGAUUGCAGGUUAGCUUCUUAGGUUUUAAGAUUUGGUCUAAGCUCUAAGAUGUAAAAAUUUCACGAUGUGUACAAUAGUAGGUUUAAAAAAACAAAUAUACAAUGGUUAUUUUCUAAUUAAAUUUCCGACUUUAGCUUUCUUUAUCGCUCUUUGUUUUUUCCGGGAUAUGAUAAUAGUACGGAUGUAAGUUCAUAUAUUUUUACUCAGUUUUUAAAUGCCGGAAAUGUUUAUAAUUUUAUACAACUGGGACAUUUUCUAAAUCAUUUAUAUUUGAAAAGCCGAUGAUUUUAAAUUCGUGUUCUUUAAGACAGUAUUAAAUGUAUUAACGUGAAAACAAAAUAAAAAAAAAAAACAUAUUUUAAAUGUUGAUAUUGAAAUUUUCGGAAGUUAAGACAUGAGUAGUAUUUUAGAUUAGACAAAAAACUGUUUGAAGUGAUAACUUUUUAUGGGAGGGUAAAUAGCUUCGUUACGUAACGCGUUACGGCGCCAGUCUGUAUGGCUUUCCUUCCUCACGUACACGGCAGCGGUGGGCGGGCUCCGACAUCCUCCCUCACUCCCUCAGCGCUAGCCGUACUUAGUUAUCACUUCCGCCGAGCGUGUCGAGACUCGUUUUUAUCAGCUUAUUUGACCAAUAAAUAAACUACCAUUAAGUAGUAAAAAUUAGAAAUACAUUUUUCUUUUAUUAUUAAGAAAGGAUAAAAAACGAAUAUUUCGUUAGAUUUUCUUUCAAGUUAAAAACAACUAGUAUUAAUUAUAUAUGUACUGUACUCAUAAUAUUGUCCAGUAGUGAUAAAUUUUUAAGAAAAAACAUUAAUGUUACCAUAAUGUGUAGUUAAAAGUCCUGCAUACUUCCUAAAAUGCUCAUAACGCUAAAUAACUAAAUUGUUCUAGUGUUAGUCAAAUUGUAGACUCAAUUUAGCAAUGUGUGAUACGUGGUAUGAUAUGUUUAUGAUAUUUUUACUUCUGGGCUGACUGUCGUUAUAUCAUGAGCUGUCAAUUUUCCCGCCAAGAAAACACGAUCCUAUGAGAAAGAAUGAAGGAAUGUCGAUGGUUCUUUUUUGGACAUGCCAGUUUCCUCGCUGAGAUUAUUGUCACCAAUUGGUUCUGUUGUGAUGGGGAUAGUGUGCUGAGAAAUUGGAGUAUUUAUCAGCACACUAUAUAUUUAUAUUUGAUUAGAUUAGAUAAUUAUAUGAAUGAUGCGAUUAAAACUGGUCUAUGUCCUUUUCCAUCCGUAAAACAUAAUAAACAUAAUGAUGGUGGUCAUCACCAUCAUCAGCGCCUAUUUUUUCCAACUGCUGGGACACAGGUCUCCUUUGAACGGUCAGGGCAUAAACCACCAGGUUGGCCCGGUGGCAGAUGUCACACGUCGAACUUUUGAUUCUUCGAUAUACCUCUUGAUAAUGCAUAAUGCAUGCAAUAUGGAAUUAUCUUUUCGAAAACGAAAUGCUGAGUGUUCCAGCGACGUUUUGAAUGUCAGUUAGUUACUUAUAAAGUUUAGAACUAAUGAAUAAGAUGAAAACCACGUGGCUUAGAAACGCACAUGAUUAGAAUUAAAUAGUUUGAGGUGAUGGAAAAUCCUUGAUAAAAUGAACACUUUCGAAUAUUAAUUACGUUUUUAAUUAAGGAUUUAAAACGCGGUUCAUACAAUAAAAUUGUUCUUUUUAGCAAUCAAAACAAAUAAAUUUAAAUGUGUUUUAUUGCUGGUUUAUUGUUUUUAAAUAACAUCAAAUAUUUUUAUAUUAAUCGAGUACCAUAAACAUGUAUCUCUAUUUAUGAUGCUUAAAGUUAGAUAACUUGAAAUGUAUAAUUGAUAUUUAUUUUACCCCUUUACAUUCUUUUAAACAAAAAAAAAAAGAUUUAAAUUCCUCCUUGAGGUUAUAUUUUUAUUGACGUUAUAACUGUUAACACUUCCCUGUUCAUUUAUAUUCGUGAAUUGGUGUUUAUUAUAAGAAUUUAAUUUCGAUGUUGUGUCCUAAUAUUUAUAUAAGUGGCGUUAAAAACCCAUAUUUGUUGUUGUGAUGUAAUGUUACCUUAAUCGAAUUUGAUAAUUAAUAUUUUUCUGUCGUUUUUUUAUUAGUACUGCAAUUUGUGUAUAUAGCAUGAUUUUUUAUUGAUAUUUGUGUGAAAGUCGUUUAUAAACAUCAAAGUUAAUAAUAAUACUCAACAAUAUGUAGUGUUUUAGAAAUAAGUAGAUUUAAGACACGGUUAUUUAGUACAUAAUGAUCACAGAUUAAAAAUACACGCGUAGUUUAUAAUGUUGCCAGUGGUAAGAUUAUUGGUGCCAUCAUUGCAGUAGGUAGAUUUUAAAUUUCGCUUUUUAAUUAUGAUUUUAUAAUUUUUGUUAUUGUUAAUUUGGUGCAAUAUUGUUUAUAAUGCAUAUUAAAUUGUUCAGGUCAGUCGCUGGUCGAUGUCCAUUAUUACCUAAGAAUAAUUAAAAAAGUUAAAGUAUAACGCUUUGUUUUAUUGAAACCUUUUGAGUGUAGAUUCAAUGAAAACAGUAAUAUAGGAAACAACAGUUGCAAUGGUGCUUUCCUCAGAUAAUGGGUAAAAGAUGACAACUUAUA